UUCAACCCUCGCUCCCUUUUUCUUCCCCCCCCACAGACAGUCAACAACAUGCCGGCCGUCCACCACAAGCUGCUCCUGGAGGACGCCUUGCAGGACAGUCCCCAGACACGCUCCCUGCUCAGUGUGUUUGAAGAGGAUGCUGCCACACUCACAGACUACACCAACCAGCUGCUGCAGUCCAUGCAGAGGGUGUUUGGAGCCCAGAGUGAAAUGGGGCUGGCCACAGAGCAGCUGUCUCAUCAGCUUCUGGAAUAUGAGAAGAAGAAUUUUGCCCUUGGAAAAGGUGAUGAAGAGGUCAUCACCACGCUGCAGCACUUCGCCAAAACCGUGGGGGAGCUGAACAGCCUUCACUCGGAGCUGGCCAACCAGAUGGCAGACAGCAUGGUCUUCCCAUUGAUCCAGUUCAGAGAGCGGGACCUCACGGAGAUCGGCACACUGAAGGAGAUAUUCGGCAUCGCCUCUGAUGAACACGAGGCGGCCAUGGUCAAGUACAGCCGGCUGCCCAAGAAGAGGGAAAAUGAGAAGCUGAAGGCCGACUUGGUGAAGGAGGUUGCCUACACCAGGAGGAAGCAGCACCAGGCCUCCAUGCAGUACUACUGCGCCCUCAACGCCCUGCAGUACCGCAAGAGAGUGGCCAUGCUGGAACCCAUGUUGGGCUUCACACAAGCACAGAUCAAGUUCUUUAAGAAAGGCAUGGAGCUGGUCUCAAAGAAGAUGGACAACUUUCUCGCCUCCGUUUCCAAGAUGACACAAAAUAUCCAGGCCCAGCUGGACUCGGAGGCGGAGGCCAUGCGUCUGUCCCAGCGGGAGCUGCUGUCUGUAGAAGACACCGUCUAUAUGCCGGACAAAGACAUCGAGCCCGUCAACCGCACAUUCAUCCAGAAGGCGGGCUACCUCAACAUCCGCAAUAAGACGGGCCUGGUAACCACAGUUUGGGACCGGCUUUACUUUUUCACCCAGGGCGGGAACCUCAUGUGCCAGCCCCGCGGGGCGGUGGCGGGCGGCAUGGUGCUCGACCUGGACAACAGCUCCGUCAUGGCGGUGGAGUGCGAAGACAGACGAUACUGCUUUCAGAUCACGUCCCCAACUGGCAAAAUGUCCAUGAUUCUACAAGCAGAGAGCAAAAAGGAAUAUGAGGAGUGGAUCUGCACCGUGAACAACAUCUCCAGACAGAUUUACCUGACUGACAACCCAGAGGCUGUUGCGAUCCGACUGAACCAGACGGCCAUCCAGGCGGUAACUCCUAUAACCAGCUUUGAGAAGAGACAGGAAGGCUCUCCCAACCCAGACAGAGCCAAACCAGGAGGCGUGCAGCCUGGGAGCGGCGGUUCUGGAAAGGAAGAGGCUGCUCCGGAACCGGAGGACCUGAUUGCUCCCGGGACGCCCAUUCAGUUUGACAUCAUGCUGCCAGCCUCCGAGUUCCAAGACCAGAACCGGGGCAGCACCAGGCGUAUGAAUCCAUUCGGUGAAACAGAGGACGACUGUUCUUCAGAAAGCGACGACUCCCUCUUGCAGCAGGUCUUUGUCGUGCGGUUCCUGGGCUCCAUGGCGGUGCGCUGUGGUCACAACCAAGAGGUCAUCUACGAGGCCAUGAGGCAGGUUCUGGCCGCUCGCGCCAUCCACAACAUAUUCAAGACCACCGAGUCUCACCUCAUGGUCACCAGCAGCUGCCUCAGGUUGAUCGACCCUCAGACUCAAGUUACGAGAACGAGUUUCCAGCUCGGGGAGGUGUGCCAGUUCGCGGCACAUCAGGAGAAUGGGAGGCUCAUGGGCUUCGUGGUGGAGGAGAGAGACUGGAGUGAAGGCGACGAGGAGGGCGAGCCGUCUUUCAGCGCCUUUGUCUUCGAGAGCAACACCGAGGGCGAGAAGAUAUGUUACACAAUUAACGUCGGGAAGGACAUCGAAAAAGCAAAGAAGGACCCAGAGGCCUUGGCCCAGCUGAUGAAGUCCAUGCCACUGACCAAUGAUGGCAAGUUCCUGUUGCUGGAGCCUGAUGCCGGGGACACGGCCAACAGCGCCAGGCAAGAGGACCUGGAGUCUGAGGCCUAAUCCCACGAACACCACCAGGACCAGCGCUUGGGUCUGAUUUCCAUCCAGGAGAGAAGUCUUUCCCUUGUUUAAAGAUCUCCACGCGACCCCCUAGCCCAGACCCUUACACUGCAAGGUUCACUUCCCAUCGGCCCAAUACCGCUAGCACUGCAGGUCUUAUUUGUCGUGACGCGAUACGACAGCUUUGGCAGGACACUACACAAGCCAAAACAUUUCUAUUGGGCACUCCACUGGAUCUGCUUUCGCUGGGUCAGAUCUAGCAUACGGGCCUGUGGGAGUGGUUCCGGGUCUCUUCCAUGCCACUCGAGAAGGUACUUACUACAAAAGGGACACUAGAUAUGUAGGUAUUAUUAAUGUUUUGUUUCCUCUUCUUGGUGGAGCUAACUUCCCUAGCCAUCUUUGGACUUUCUACCGCAAGGUGGCAAGUUCCUUGUUUCAACUCAAGUUUACAUUCAGCGUAGGUUGUUAGUUUGUGUGACAUCUUUUCGGAGAGUUGACUCUUGAUUUAGCGUCACAGUCAAGUUUCAUACAAGGCUCUCCAAGCAUUAUUGACAUUUCCUGAGUACUCAUUUUUAGGACACUAGUAUUGCACUUCCAAGGUUUUUAGCUAUUAAAUCGCAAAUUUCUAUGACUGUAGAAUCCAGACUGACUUAAUCCAGCUUAAGAACCGAAGAGUUCAAAUGACUGUAAGCGAUAGAUAACAUGCAGAAGACUUCAGAUGGCUACUCAGUAAACCUCGUGGGUGUAUUUAGCAUGCAUGAUUAGCAUGAUUUUCGGUCCGUUUCGUGUGGGCGUAUGAAUGCAAAUUGGGAUUUUGCCACACGUUGAGGCAAUUUAGAAGCUGCAUCUCGUACUAUCGCUAACAGACUAUGCUGAGCUGAGAUUUCCAGAAAUCUUCCUCAAAUCAGUCUUGAAGCUCAGCUUUUAUUCACCAGUAACUUUCUGAGCACUCGGAAAAAUCCUGUUGCAACGUUAAAGCGAGUAUGUUUCACUCCGUUUAGUAUAAGCCUGUGUAAAUAUGACCUACUCCAGUGUCUGUGUAAUGUUUAAUCAGCGACGACGGCGCUAAGAUCUUAGCUUUUUUUCCCCCCCACUUCCUUAUAUUGGUAUGUGUGGUGUGGUGCAUGAUGAACGGUGUGGUGCAUGAUGAAUGGCGUUUUCCCUCUUUCUCAUUCCCUUGGUGGUGGAUCGGAAUCACCGCGCUGGGCGCUCAUCCAGAACGAAAACAGACGGGCGAAGAAAAUCCCCUGAACAAUUCUAAUAAUGCAUGUAAACAGCCUACAAUAAGGGUUUAUGUACUUGAUGAAAACCCAACACGCUCGCCCUCAAGAAUGCUAAUCCAAACAGGAGUGUAAAACCAAGCGGGAAAACCGUUGAUCUGUCAAAUUUGCCCCCAUUCUGCUGAUUUCCAUUCCACAUCCGCCGCGGUGUUUAUCUCCGUGGACCAUCUAGGGGCCCGAGACACGCCUGGUGUGAAUGUGACCUCUGUACUUCGUAGUACCGAGGUCAAAGCCACCGACUUGACGUUGAUCGUGAGGUUAUUGCUAGCGCGUUUUACCAGUGCAUUUGUUUACCCGCUUGCUUCGUCUACUACUUCAUCUGUACUUAAUGGUUAUGGACAGGAAAAUCUUGAACUAGUUACAAAAAAAAAAGUUUGUGUGUAUUUGUUAUUUCAUAGAGUUCUAACACCACUGUUUUGAAAUUGUCGCGCGUGCUCUUGUUGGUAUUUUAACGAUAACAGAUUGUGAUUGAAGGACGUGAACUACAGAGGUAUAAGCCUGUUUUUACAUGCCUGGUUUUAAUGGGUUUGGCUGUCAUAUCUGCAGGCCUCCAGGUCGUCUAAACAGGACACAUAGGACCAGUGAUUUAUAUUCUUUUAAAUUCAUUGAAAAGUUGUUUUUUUUUCUUAAGGGCUUCUGUGGCUGGCUGUGUAAGUACAUGGGAGUGUUUGAUGCUGCAUGUGUGCUCGGCGUAGCGCGGCCUUUCGGUUAGGGUAUGUCUGCACCGAGGCUGUAAACAACAGAUCAUCUUCAGUCUCUUUAACACACAUGACAUCAAGCCCUCAGGAAAGCAUAUUAUUUUACAUGGCACGAUGACCUACAUAAGCUGAUAUGUGAGCGAGCCACCUCUCUGUUGAUGGGGGGGGGGGCGCUCUACUAGUGCUGCACGAUUCAUCUAAUCGCAAUUGCGAUGUCAGCCUGUGCAAUUAUAUCAACGCAAAAGGCUGUGAUUUAAUUGAAUAAUAAAAUGUGCGUGUGUUGAACGUCUGUUUGUGUGCAGUCUGCAUAUCUGUGCCCAUAAUUAAGAGAUGACUGGUCAGUCUCUGUUUAGGCAGUGAAGCGUGUGCAUGAAUAUCACAAACAGAUUUCCCGAUUCUGUUUGUGAUAUUCGCGGACAGGAUCUCAAGGCGCAGCCAAGGUGAGGAGUGAGUCCGUUUUGGGAACCUCAGAAUUGCAUCUCUGCUCUUCGCAGAUGAUGUGGUUUUGUUGGCUUCAUCGGAACGCGACCUCCAGCGCGCACUGGGGCGGUUUGCAGCUACGUGUGAAAUGGCGGGGAUGAGAGUCAGCACCUCCAAGUCUGAGGACAUGGUACUCCGACUGGAAAAUGGUGGGUUGCUCCUUCCGGGUUGGGGAUGAGUUGUUGCCCCAAGUGAAGGAGUUCAAGUAUCUCGGGGUCUUGUUCACGAGUAAGGGUAGGAUGGAGCAGGAGAUGGAUUGGUGCAGCAUCAGCAGUAAUGCCGACGUUGUACCGGACCUUUGUGGUGAAGAGGGAGCUGAGCCGGAAGACAAAGCUCUCAAUUUAUCAGUCAGUCUUCAUUCCAACCCUCACCUAUGGUCAUGAGCUUUGGGUAGUGACCAAAAGGGUGAGAUCAUGGAUACAAGCGGCUGAAAUGAGUUUCCUCCGUAGGGUGUCUGGGCUCAGCUUUAGAGAUAGGGUGAGGAGCUCGGACAUCCGGAGGGAGCUCAGAGUAGAGCCGCUGCUCCUUCACGUCAAAAGGAGCCAGUUGAGGUGGUUUGGGCAUCUGAUUAGGAUGCCUCCUGGGCACCUUCCUUUGGAGGCUUACUGGGCACGUCCAACUGGGAGGAGACCCCGGGGUAGACCCAGAACUCGCUGGAGGGACUACAUGUCCAGUCUGGCCUGGGAGCGUCUUGGGAUCCCCCAGGAGGAGCAGGAGGGCGUUGCUGGGGAGAGGGACGUCUGGAGUGCCCCUACUUAGCUUGUUGCCACCGCGACCCGACCCCGGAGAAGCGGCUGAUGAUGAGAUGAGCGUGUGCGUCUACGGUCUCACGACUAUCCAGUGUGCUGUGUGCAGACCAAAAAGAAGGAAAAAAUGGAUACUGAUGAAAACGAGCAGGUUAACGCUGAUGAACUGGUGGCAAAAAAAAAAAAAAAAAAUCUCGACCUGUUUUAAGGCGAUAUUUCGGUUUCAAGUUCAGCGACAUUGAGCAGGAAGAGGUACUGUGUAAAACAUGCAAAAUGAAAGUCGCUACAUGUUGCGGCAACACGACAAAUAUGUAUUAUUUUUAUAUGUAUAAAUCUGUUUAUUAUAUCACAAUAUCGUCCACAAUAAUCGCACUAUGACUUUUCAGCACAUCGUGCAGCACUAGUAUACCAUCUACUAGUAGAACCAAAGCUUUUGGAAGGCCAUGCUGGAGCCAUUGGUUUACCUUAGGUUUUGCAUCUUUCUCUUUGAGGUCCUCCUCCUUUCCAAGUAUACUGCACAGUUGAACCAUAUGGGUAUAGUGGCUUAGGAAAUAAAAGCAAGUAAUCUGUCAAGGACUGCAUUCUCUUUUCCUUUGCUGUCUUUUGCGGUGUCGUUUCAGUUAACUUGUGUCCACCACCCACAUGGCUUUGCACUCGCUGUUUAACCUAGUUUUCUAAAACACAAUGUUAACACGCAAUCUUUAAUAAAUAUACGGGACCUU